CUCGGCUUCCGUGUCGGGCUGCUCCCUCCCUCCCGCUCCACCUCCUGCUGCUCCCCGGGACAACUCUUGGAAGCAAAGUAGAGAGUAGAGAAAACUCGGUUGAGCAGAAUAAAGUACGACGGAGUCUUCAACCCGGACCUUAAGUUCAGAGAGCAGCUCCAUGACCCAACUGGUUGUACUGGCCGUGUAGGUCUGGUCCGUCUGUCCUGUACUGGUUGCACUGGACUUGCACUGGUCGUGUACUGGUCUGCAUGGUGCGGAUCUGUCUGCAGACGCAGUGCCUACCUUUGCAGGUGUGGAGGCACCAUGGCAGCGACGGUUCAGGUUUUGUACGACUUUGAAGCUGAACCAGGAAACAACGAACUGACCAUCAGAGAAGGAGAGACACUCUCUGUAAUCAACCAGCAGGUCGGCGGGGGGUGGAUUGAAGCUCAGAACUCCAGAGGAGAGACUGGUCUGGUCCCAGUCGACUACCUACAGAUGAAAGGUGUGGGUCAGACGGCCCCUUCCUAUUCUGAUGCCGAAAACACACACUCUCAGGUUAACAACGACAACCAGCGCUGGACAGGAGGCGGAGCUUCUAGUGACGUAGCGGGUUUGAAUACGCAAGGACACACACAAGCUGGGUUUGAGGACGAUGAUGGUGAUGAUGAUGAUGGUGAGUGGGAUGAUGAUUGGGAUGAAGGCUCCAUGGAAGGCCACGCCCCCGGAGCCACAGGGGAUGGAGAGGGCGGAGCUACAGGACGCAACACACAUACCAUGAAGAUCUCACUCAACAAGUUCCCCUUCUCUAAGACCCCCAACCCAGAGGUCUUCCUCCUGGCCCCCCCCCCGAGAGGGACCGACCUGCUGCCCAUCUACAUGGGGGAGGUGGGGCCCGUCUGGCUGUACCCCCAGAGACCCCUGGACUGUGAGGUCACGGACCCCAAGAAGGGAUCCAAGAUGUACGGCCUGAAGAGUUAUAUAGAGUACCAGGUCAUCCCCACGAGUACCCAACGACCUGUCAAUCACCGCUACAAGCAUUUUGAUUGGCUGUACGAGCGGCUGCUGGAGAAGUUUGGGUCGGCCAUCGCCAUCCCCGGCCUGCCUGACAAACAGGUGACAGGGCGGUUCGAGGAGCAGUUCAUCCGGGGCCGUAUGGAGCGUCUCCAGGGCUGGAUGAGGAGGAUGUGUCGCCACCCGGUGGUGUGUCAGAGCCACGUCUUCACCCUGUUCCUCACCUACCAGGACCAGAAGGAGUGGAAGCUGGGGAAGAGGAGGGCAGAGAGGGACGUGACAGUGGGUCAGAUGAUCUUCUCCCUCAUGGACCCCGAAGCUCCAGAGAUGGACUCUGUAGAGGUGGAUCAGAAGUAUGAACAGUACAGUCGGUUCACGAGGGCGAUGGACGACGGAGUGAAAGAGCUGCUGGGCGUCGGACAGACGCACUGGAAGAGGUGCACUGGACCUCUCCCUAAAGAAUACCAGAGGAUUGGUGAAGCCUUCAUCAACCUAUCCACUGUUUUCAGCUCCAGCGGUUACCAAGGAGAAUCUACACUGACAGACCCACUGACGUCUGCUGGGAAGAUAUACCAGGAGGUGGCAGAGAUAGUAGCAGAACAGCCGAAGAGAGACCUCCACUUCCUGUUGGAGACUAACAGGGAGUACAAAGGGCUGCUAGGAUGUUUCCCAGAAACCCUUGCUGUUCACAAGGCUGCUAUAGAGAAGGUGAAGGAUGGAGAUAAGAUGGUGGCCGCAGGAAAGAUCAGCACUCAGGAGAAAACGGUGAUGAGACAGAGACUGAGCUGCAUGUCCUACAGCCUCCAAGCUGAGAUGAAUCAUUUCCAUAGCAACCGUAUCUAUGACUACAACCGAGUGAUGCAACUCUACCUGGAAGGCCAGGUGAAGUUCUAUGAAGAGAUCGCCGCCAAGCUGAGACUCGCUCUGGCCCAGUUCACCAAGAUAUGAAGACAAACACACAUGCGCACACGCACACACACCGACACCCACACACACACACCCACAACCACACACACACACACACACACACACACACCCACACACACACGCACGCACA